AUGAACGUGGUGUUAGAUGAGAGCUCCCAGCAGUAUGUCACGAUAAACAUCCAUAAAGGCCUAUAUACCUAUAAGCGUUUGCCUUUUGGUGUAUCAUCUAGCCCUGCUAUUUUUCAGAGGAUUAUGGAGGGGAUCCUCCGGGGAAUCCCUCACUGCAGUGUGUUUUCGGAUGAUAUUCUUCUGAGUGGUCCAACAGAGGCAGAGCAUCUGAAAACCCUGGAGGAGGUGCUACAGAGGAUGGAAGACCAUGGGCUGCGCCUCAAGCGACAGAAAUGCUCCUUCCUCCAGGAUGAAGUAAUGUAUCUAGGGCACAUGAUUGGGCUCCGCCCAGUAACAGAGAAAAUGGCCGCCAUAAAAGAUGCCCCCACACCUAAGACUGUUUCAGAGCUGAAAAGCUAUCUAGGACUGCUGAAUUAUUACCAUCGUUUCCUCCCUAAUCUGUCUUCCCUUCUUUCUCCUCUCCACUCCCUACUCAGGAAAGAUGUUUGGUGGAGUUGGGGCCCAACCCAGCAGGCAGCUUUUGAGAUGUCUAAAACUCUUCUUCAGUCUUCCCAGGUCCUGGUGCACUAUGACACGAAGAAGGAGGUGAUUCUGGCGUGCGAUGCCUCGCCCUACGGGGUGGGGGCGGUGUUGUCCCACCGAAUGCCAGAUGGGUCAGAGAGACCUGUGGGGUUUGUAUCUCGUACAUUGACUGCUGCAGAACGGAACUAUUCACAGCUGGAUAAGGAGGGUCUGGCUGUGAUGUUUGGAGUGAAGAAGUUCCACAACUAUGUGUAUGGCCGUAAUUUCACCAUAGUUACGGACCAUAAGCCCCUCCUCAGUCUAUUUAGUGAGGCUAGAACGGUGCCUCAAAUGGUUUCGCCCCGUGUCCAGAGGUGGGCGGUGACGUUGGGGGCCUAUAACUAUGUGAUGGUUUACAAAGCAGGCAAGGACCAUGGAAAUGCUGACGCUUUCAGCCGUCUGCCUGUUUCCUCCGGGGAGGAGGAGGGGGAGGAUCCAGAGGAUGGGGGUACGGUGAUGAUGUUAGAGCACCUUGAUACCCCCCUAGUGACUGACAGACAAGUGGAGAGGUGGACCAGUCGGGACCCUGUUCUAGCCCGGGUAUGGGAGUAUGUCGGGCGGGGCUGGCCUAGUGGGGUAAUUAAUCCCUGUUUUGCUCCCUAUUACCAGAGACGAGAUGAACUCAGUAUCCAAGGGGGGUGUGUCCUCUGGGGGGCCCGAGUUGUCAUCCCUACAAGGGGCCGUCCAGCCGUGUUGCAGCAAUUGCACCAGUCACACCCCGGUAUCACCAGAAUGAAGGGCCUGGCACGGAGCUACGUCUGGUGGCCACAGCUGGAUGCGGAUGUUGAGGGGCUGGUGAGGGGCUGUAACAUCUGUCAGGUAAACCGAAAAAUGCCGACUCACGCUCCCCUGCAUCCGUGGGAGUGGCCAGCCAAGCGAUGGAGACGGAUACACAUAGAUUACGCAGGUCCAUUUAUGGGACGUAUGUUCCUGGUAAUUAUUGAUGCUCACUCUAAGUGGAUAGAGGCCCAUCCUCUCCACUCAUCGACCACGGCUGCCACCAUUGAAUGUCUAAGAGACUGUUUCAGCAGAUUUGGACUGCCUGAGAUGGUGGUCUCUGAUAAUGCGACUUGCUACACAAGUAGAGACUUUCAGGAGUUUAUGGUCCGGAAUGGUAUCCAGCAUGUCACCACUGCCCCCUGGCACCCGGCCUCUAACGGCCUGGCUGAGAGGGCGGUCCAAACACUAAAAUCCCUCCUGAAGAAGAGCUCAGGCGGUUCAGUGGAGACAAAGCUGUCACAUGCUCUGUUCAGUUACAGGAUCACCCCCCAGUCUACUACGGGCAAAUCUCCUGCAGAGCUGAUGAUGAAGGGGAAGCUGAGGUCUACACUGGACCUUCUGCACCCAGACCUCCAGUCUCGAGUGCAACACAAGCAGUGGAAGCAGAAGGAACAGCAUGAUCAGCAUGCCAGAGCCCGGAGUCUCCAGGAGGGGGCUCCCGUCUACACCAAGAACUUCAGUGCUGGGCCCAGCUGGAUUCCUGGCACGGUGGAGUCAGUGACGGGUCCAGUGUCAUGCACAGUGCUGCUGGGUAGUGGUCAGCGGGUAAGAAGACAUGUUGACCACGUACGCCAUCGUUCACCUCCCCCAUCACCUACCCUAUCACGUGCCGAUGCUCCUAUGGAGUUUCCCCAAGUUCCAUGUCCUUCUUCAUCCCCACCCAUGGACAUAACUACCGAUCCCUCCGGGUAUGAGCAAAGUACCAAUGUGGAGUGCUCCCCACCUGACCCACCAGCGGCCACUCCACCAGCCCCACCAGUGCUCAGGAGGUCUGGCCGGGAGUCUCGUCCCCCAGACCGCUAUGUGCCUUGA